GAAUACCCUGAUAUUACUCACAUUCAACUCACAAAGAAUGUGUCUGUUAAUGGAGUUAACUACAGAGAAGGUAUGGUUGUUGUUCAUGGCUCUGUAGGUGGCUUACCAGAGUUUGCAGAGGUUAUCCAGAUGGUUGUAGUGGAGAAAAGCUUGAGUUUUAUUGUUAAAAAGCUUGAUGCAUGGUAUAGGGAGCAUUUUAGGGCAUUUGAGUUAUGUCCCACUUCAGAAGUCUCCCUCAUUCAACUUGGCGCCUUGUUGGACCCGUACCCCUUGGCAGAUUACAGGAUUGGAGGCCGGCGAAUGGUGACACUUAAACGAUUCAUACAGAUACAAGAUUGAAGAAUGGCACAGCAUCUGAAGUUGAGAGUCAUUGUGGGCGACGAUGACUAUAGAAGACUUGAUCUCCAUUCAGGAAUGCCAGAAACUUUGGCAGAGUUCCACAAUACAAUUUGCCAAGCGUUUGGAAUUGAAACAGACUUUCGUAUUCAAUUCAUGGAUCCUGACUUCAACAAUGAGUUCAUGAAUGUUACAUCAGUACACGACAUAAAGGACAGAAGUACAAUCAAGUUGGUGUACAUGGCAACCCUAACUCUAACCCCCCUAAAUGAUGUGGGUUUGAGUCCAUCUUCUGUAAUGCAGAAUGCUCCCAGCACUUCUGGAUCAUCUGGAGCACCAGUGAGCAACCAAACAUCUCCCAUUUCCUCACAGGCCUCAUUGCCCACAACAGACUCGGAUGACACCAUCAUUCUGCCACAUUCAGACAAUGAAUUGAGAUCACGUGCAUGGCCACGUGAAUUCCCCAUUCCUCACUUUCCAUACAAUGUAGAGGUGCAGCUUCAACGUGGAAAUGACAGCUUCAGAGAAACUGGCACUCAACUGAAGAUUACUCCAGGGUUGAAGUCUGACAUCUUAGAGAAGCUAGCCGAGGAGAUCUUCCAGUAUACAGCGUACCCACAAAAUUACCAAAUAGAUGAGGUAGCAGAGGCACUCAUCAAAAAAUUUCCCUGUUUGAAGGAACCAUCUGCCACUGGUUACUAUGGCUGGAUGAUUAGCCUAAAAUAUAAAAUGGCUAAUUACAGAACAAAGAUGCGAACUAUUGGCUUUCCAGAAGUGACUGUAAAUGCUUUGAAAAACAAACGUAGUGAUGACUGCCUCCCAGCCAAAAAUGUAAAGAAGCCUAAAAAGGCUGAAGUCAACUUUUGUCCUUCACACCCUGCUGGCGAAACGGAUGAAAGCUUAGAAAAUGUCAGACUUGAAAUGUUGAAUGAUGUCAGACAAAGAAACGGUGCAUCAUGUGUAAAAAAGAAGAUGUCAAAAACAUUCUCCUAUAGAAGAAAAGAGGUAGUGCAGGAAAAUCCAGCUGCCGGAGAGUUUAAAGCCAGGUGGCCUGCACUUUUUCACAUUGAUGAGAUAAAUGCUGAAUUCCAGCGCAUAACAACCGUCCCACUUGAAACAACCUUCAUGGCUCAGUUGGACAGCCUUUUACCCCAGCUGACAUCUAUUUUCAACAAAAAGGGAGGUGUUUCUGGCCAAAAACUAGCCAAACAUCUGGCAAUCUUGCAAGAGGCUACAAGUGACAUCAAUCUUAAAAGGGCAGCAGUCCUCAAGGCACUUUGCAUCUACCUUGGUGAGGAUGAUGGACAUCUCAUUCGGGAGUAUAAGGACAUUGAAGGAGAUGACAUCCAGAGAGACCUGCAGAAUUCCACCAUGGGCGUAUAUGUCAUCAACAAGGAGGGUGGAGAAAUUGGAGCACAUGAUGACAUUGGCAUUUAUGUUGAAGGAGAAAUCAUUCUGGACAACAUUGGAUCUGUAGCCCAAGCAUGUGCAAUGAUGCUGGGAGUCAUCUAUGUAUUGAAC